AUGGCGACCACGACGACCUCGACGUUUGUCCCGUAUAUUUCACCUCCGCCUGGUACGGUGUCGAACCCGACAAAUCCGGCAUCACUUUCUUAUGAGACGCAUGUCACGAUUGGAAUCUCGAUUGGGUUCGUCACAUUGUUCUUUUUGGCUCGCUCGUGGGCCCGAGCUGUAAUCAAAAAGGCCUGGAUAUUGGAGGACUGGCUUGUUUUGACGGCAUGGAUCGGCAUUGUGGCCUACAAUACAGUAGUGGGACUUGUGAUGGCAAACCAUGGAGGAGAACAUGCCUGGGACAUCAGCCGUUCACAGGCCAAAGACGCACUCUACUGGUUCAACCUCGCAUCCGUCGUCUACGGAUUCGUCAUCUGCCUCACCAAACUUGCAGUACUAUUCCUCUACCGACGAGUCUUCUCGCCCGUUCGAUGGAGUCCCUUUGACUGCCUCAUCGUUGCCCUAAUCGCCAUCAUGGCAUCCUUCUACAUCAGCACAUGCAUCGUGAAACUCAUGCAAUGUACCCCCCGAUCGAGAAUCUGGGAUAAUUCGGUCCAUGGAACGUGUAUCAACGAAUCGGCUCUACUGAAUACGAGUGGAUUUUUCAACACCAUUACGGAUUAUAUCAUCCUUGUUUUGCCUAUACAUUCGGUUUUGAGACUGCAGCUCAGCAGGACAAAGAAGAUGCUGGUUGUUUUGGUGUUUACCUUUGGUCUUUGUGCACCCGUUUUCAGCACUAUCGGAUUGGUCGUCCGAUUCAGAAUCAGUAACAGUCCGGAUAUUACAUGGAACCAGCCCGAAAUUCUUCUGUGGGGUGCCGCCGAAAUUACAUCGGGCUUCCUGGUAGUCUGCUUCCCCGAGAUGUCCUUCCUUAUAAACCGCAAAUCCAGAAAGAAAAACUACCCUCGCCGCCCAACAACCCUGGACGUCUCCUCCGGAACGGGGAUGAACUCGCGCAACAGAUCACGCAAAAUGGGCAGUAACCGCGAUGACCUGACGUACUACGAGCUCGACGACGAUGUCGUUUAUGGAGUCCGAGUUAGUCCGUCAGGCAGCAAUUCGAGAUUGCAUGAGCCGGCGCACGGGACUGUGCAGGUCCAUCAUGAGAUUACAAUCGAGUCGAAUAAGAAGGAGGACGUCGUCACGGUGAAUGGGCAGCGAUGA